AUGAAGUUGUUGCACAUGCCCAUAUAGUGUGCAGUCUAUUUCCUUUACUGAACUUCACUACACAGCAGAUAUAUGACUCAACUCAGCAGCACAGCAUCUACAUGUGCAGCUCAAUGGAAGAUGUGGCUUGUCAAGGUCUUCAGUGUCAUAUGUUUUACUGCUGUUUAUGCAGCUCAGGGUCUUCAAGAUGACACACGUAGACCGACUCUGAAGCUGCUGAGUCCCUGGCAGGAUUUUUUCGAAAAGGAGAGUGUGGAGUUUAGCUGUGAAGACGACAGCUAUGACUGGAAGUUCACCUGGUACAGAAAUGAAAAGAAGAUUGAGGCGGAUAUGGACCAGAACCUGGAAGAAGAUCAAUCAUAUCUCAACAUUUCCUCGGUCACUCGAUCCUAUCAAGGAGUCUAUGCCUGCCAAGCUCUUCCCAUGAAUAAUACUGGAAAUAGCACUGGACUCAGUAACAAAGUUAAUGUCACAGUUUAUGAUAAAACACCAAAACCAACAGUGAGCAAGGUUCCAGAUUUUAACCUGAUGUAUGUUGGAGAAACAGUGAACUUCACUUGCAAAGUUGAUGUGUCCUCUGGCUGGAAGUAUCAGUGGUACAAAGAUGGAAAUGAACUUCCUGACACCAGCGAAACCAUAAGCAUCCAUCUUGGUCUUUCUGGUAAGGCGGAAUACUGGUGCAAGGCCACCAGAGGUGAAACAACAUCAACAGACAUCAGUGAGAAAAUACAACAAGAUGUUCUUGAAAUUCCCGUUCCAUCUUUAAAGCUGGUAACACCGUGGUUGGAUGUGUUCCCCACUGAGAGAGUGAAGUUGAGCUGUGGGAUGGACGGCACCUCUAAAUGGAAUUACACGUGGUACAAAGACGGACUGGAGGUCCGAGCUGAUGAUGUUGUGUCUUUUGACUCGAAUGGAGCUACUCUUUCCAUCAGCUCUGCUUCAGCUGCACAUGCAGGACAAUAUAUCUGCAAGGGACACUUGAAAGACAGGUCUGUCAACAGAAACUCUAGUUCUGGACUUACUCUCAAAGUAUAUGAUAAGAAACCCACUGUCAUACUGACGCAGGAUCCAGAGUACAAGGUGAUGUUCCCUGGAGAGUCAGUCUCCUUUAGCUGUCACCUUAAUGUCUCUACUGGAUGGGAGUACCUGUGGUACAAAGAUAGCGAUCCACUUACCGUAUCUGGAAACCAGUAUCCAAUCAGCUCAGUUGGAAUAACAACUAAGGGGUCAUAUACAUGCAGAGCAAAAAGAGGCAGUGAUCAAGAAUUCCUCACCGACUCCAGUCAGGCUGUACACCUUGAAGUUGAAGGGAACAAGCCUAAGCCCUCGAUGACUCAACAGCCAGAUGUUAACAAGGUGUACACUGGAGAGUCAGUGUCCUUCGAAUGUAAAGUUGAAAUCUCGUCUGGUUGGGUGUAUCACUGGUACAAAGAUGGAACAUCACUCCCAAUCAACAACAAUAGUUUUAACAUCCAUGAUGCCACUUUAUCAAACAAUGGGACUUAUGAGUGCAUGGCCAUAAGAGACAAAACAACGUACAGUACAGAGCACAGUGAUUCAUGGAUCUUACGUGUAUCUGGAUCCAGAGUACAAGGUGAUGUUCCUGGAGAGUCAGUCUCCUUUAGCUGUCACCUUAAUGUCUCUACUGGAUGGGAGUACCUGUGGUACAAAGAUAGCGAUCCACUUACCGUAUCUGGAAACCAGUAUCCAAUCAGCUCAGUUGGAAUAACAACUAGGGGGUCAUAUACAUGCAGAGCAAAAAGAGGCAGUGAUCAAGAAUUCCUCACCGACUCCAGUCAGGCUGUACACCUUGAAGUUGAAGGGAACAAGCCUAAGCCCUCGAUGACUCAACAGCCAGAUGUUAACAAGGUGUACACUGGAGAGUCAGUGUCCUUCGAAUGUAAAGUUGAAAUCUCGUCUGGUUGGUUGUAUCACUGGUACAAAGAUGGAACAUCACUCCCAAUCAACAACAAUAGUUUUAACAUCCAUGAUGCCACUUUAUCAAACAAUGGGACUUAUGAGUGCAUGGCCAUAAGAGACAAAACAACGUACAGUACAGAGCACAGUGAUUCAUGGAUCUUACGUGUAUCUGAAAUUCCCGUUCCAUCUUUAAAGGUGGUAACACCGUGGUUGGAUGUGUUCCCCACUGAGAGUGUGAAGUUGAGCUGUGUGAUGGACGGCACCUCUGACUGGACAUAUAGAUGGUUCAAAGACAGACUGGAGGUCCAAGCUGAUGAUGUUGCGUCUUUUGACUCGAUUGGAGCUACUCUUUCCAUCAGCUCUGCUUCAGCUGCACAUGCAGGACAAUAUAUCUGCAAGGGACACCUGAAAGACAGGUCUGUCAACAGCAGCUCUAGUUCUGGACUUACUCUCAAAGUAUAUGAUAAGAAACCCACUGUCAUACUGACGCAGGAUCCAGAGUACAAGGUGAUGUUCCCUGGAGAGUCAGUCUCCUUUAGCUGUCACCUUAAUGUCUCUACUGGAUGGGAGUACCUGUGGUACAAAGAUAGCGAUCCACUUACCGUAUCUGGAAACCAGUAUCCAAUCAGCUCAGUUGGAAAAACAAAUAGGGGGUCAUAUACAUGCAGAGCAAAAAGAGGCAGUGAUCAAGAAUUCCUCACCGACUCCAGUCAGGCUGUACACCUUGAAGUUGAAGAACGCCCAUUAGCAGAUAUAACUCUGUUAACUGGGUGGUCCGAGGUCUUCUCUACUGACAGCUUGGUACUCAGAUGUAGGGUGCUAGAAAGCCAGGACGUAUGGAACUACACAUGGUGGAAAGAGGGGCAACCAAUCAAUGUCUCUCUCUCUGAGAAAUAUACAGUCACACCGGAGAAUAACCCUGAGCAGAGCCUGUACACCUGCCAGGGCAAUCGCACAGGUAGACCAUCUUACUCAAAAACCAGUGAUUCGUUCAAGACCAAGAACCUUCUUUUGAAGAGGAGGGUGCUUCUUUCCAUUUCUGGCUUUAUCUUCUUUGCCAUCAUUGCCAUUUUCAUUGGAUGCAUUGUCCUCAGAGUCUUCCGCAAACCAGGUAAUGGUGAAGACAAGCCAGAGGAGACAGAGCUGUUUCUCACCAUGGCUCAGCUAAAGGACCGUGAUGAUGCACCCUGUCCACUGGUUCAGUACAUCACAGAUGCAGAACUGAAUGCUUCAUCUAAACAAGAAGCGGACGAGAAUGGCAUGAUUUCUGGCGAAACAACCUCAUUACCAAUAUCAUCGCAGGAGGAUCAAGCCGUGACGAGUGAGAGCCAUGAUACAACAGAAAACAACGGACUGGUUUCCUUUAAACAAUGAGUCACUGUAGCUCUAUUUGCCUCGGUUUAGCAGAUAAUAAUAAGUCUAUAGACCUACUACAGCACUGUGAGGCUUUAAUGGGAAUUACAAACAGAAACAGAAUCUCGCUACUGUGCGAUGCUUACCACCAGCGGGGCAUCAAAUUCAAAGUUUUGACUUUGCUAAAUGAAGGUUGAGUAAAUUCAUUAAGAUUCUUCCUCUGGAGACUGUACAUGUUUUGUACCAAAUUUAAUGGGAAUUAAAAGAUAUUGGUAUAUUGCACCCUGAACCAACAGACUGGCUGACACUGAACAUUACUUGGUAGCACAAUACUGUUAGAACUGUAUAUAUUUAAUUCACAUCAUUGUAUUGAUGAACUGUUAAAAUAUGAAACAUUAUUUAUGUGAGCAGCAUCAAUCAUAUACAUGGUUAGCUUUUAUUGUUAGCAAUUAUUAUAUGCACUGUACAUAAGUACUGAUCUGCAGGAUAUGUUAUUAAUCCUCCUUAAGCAAACACCUGGGGCCAGAUGUAUAAAUGAUGUGUACGCACCAAAAACAUGCGUACGCCUUUUGCCACACAUCAUUUAAAUUAUUGUGUUAUUAUAUUGUGGUCUACACAGUGCUCUUAAAAUUUCAAUCAAAAGUGCAUUCAUAAACUUAAUUUUAAACUAUUUAUGAGUAAUGAAUUGUUAUCAUUCUUUCUUUCUUUUUUUACAUUUGAGCUAUCAUCGAUGAUCUUUUGAUUUUAUUGUGAUUUGUGAAGCUCUUUGUAAAGUCUGUUUCAAUAUGAGAGCUACAAAUUACUAAGAUAUAUCCGCAAUGAUGUUUUAGAGGUGCAUAUACAUGCUUAUGCAUAUUUCUGUCUUUGUGUGUACUGUACACACUGUUUUAGUUGGGGGAUUUGAUGCAUCUGGCCCCAGAUGUGAGUAAAUGUAAGUUAGUCUACUGUUAUUGCUUUCUUCUUUAAAAAUGAUUAUAUUUUUCAACAGUAGGUGAUUCUUCAGUAAUGUCAAUCAAGCAUUUUGUGUCUCCCCAUGAAAUUAUCAAAAUAAAAAUUACAAAAUGUU